GAGAGGGGAUCGAGCCUCUGGACGUCCAACCGCCCAGCGUGUGAGCCGACGCUCGGCGUGGAGUUUAGCCGAAAAGCCCUGGAAAUAUCCCCCGUUUCGGAUUUAGUUUUUUUCUCUUUUGGGACUUAGCGAUAACCGAAGGAACCGGGGGUCGUUUUGGUUUACAUUUUUUUCGUUUUUCCCCCCUCUCGUAAACGCGAGUUGAUGCGCCGUUUUCCACCGAGCGCGAGCGAAGAGUGGACUGCUUGGAGUCACUUACAAAGAACAUUAAGAAGUCAUGACACGACGAACGUUUUACUUGGAUUCAUCUUCAUGAACUACGGGUGGAAAGUCGACGCAAGCCGCUUAAAGUCAAACGAAGUGGACUAAAAAGUUGGAUGCUUGGAGGAUUAUUGUGUUUUUUCGCCGUUUUCGGACGUUUUUAAGUCUCCCCACUUGGAUCAAAGUUUUUCUCCCCCCCCCCCCCCUCCUCCUCCACCACCUCCUCCUCCUCCUGCCUCUCUGCAGCUAUGGCGGCGGCCAGGUUCACCGCUGGCUCCGCGCUGCCGCGGAUCAUGUGGCUGCUGUGCGGGCUCUCCCUGUCGUCCGCCCAGCACUUCAACAGCGAAAGCGGCAUAUCCAUCCCGGACCACGGCUUCUGCCAGCCCAUCUCGAUCCCGCUGUGCACCGACAUCGCCUACAACCAGACCAUCAUGCCGAACCUCCUGGGCCACACCACCCAGGAGGACGCCGGGCUGGAGGUGCACCAGUUCUACCCGCUCGUCAAGGUCCAGUGCUCCGCGGACCUGAAGUUCUUCCUCUGCUCCAUGUACGCGCCGGUCUGCACCGUGCUGGAGCAGGCCAUCCCGCCGUGUCGCUCGCUGUGUGAGCGGGCGCGGCAGGGAUGCGAAGCCCUGAUGAACAAGUUCGGCUUCCAGUGGCCGGAGCGCCUGCGCUGCGAGGCGUUCCCCGUCCACGGCGCCGGGGAGAUCUGCGUGGGCCAGAACAUGUCGGACCCCAACAGCCCCGUGUCGUCGUCCUCCCCCAACUCGCCGCACCCCGUGACCCUGCCGCCCGCGGGCCCGGGGCCGAGCCCCGACGGGGACUUCCACUGCCCGCAGCACCUGGUGGUGUCCCCCUACCUGGGCUACAAGUUCAUGGGGGUGAAAGACUGCGGCGCGCCCUGCGAGCCCAGCAUGGACGGCGGCAUCAUGUACUUCCAGAAGAACGAGGUGAAGUUCGGCCGGCUGUGGGUCGGCACCUGGUCCAUACUGUGCUGCGUCAGCACCCUGUUCACGGUGCUCACCUACCUGGUGGACAUGCGGAGGUUCCGCUACCCGGAGCGGCCCAUCAUCUUCCUGUCCGGCUGCUACUUCAUGGUGGCCGUGGCCUACGCCGCCGGCUUCUUCCUGGAGGACAAGGUGGUGUGCGUGGACCGCCACAAGGGCGAAGGCUACAGGACCGUGGUGCAGGGCACCAAGAAGGAGGGCUGCACCAUCCUCUUCAUGGUGCUCUACUUCUUCGGCAUGGCCAGCUCCAUCUGGUGGGUCAUCCUCUCCCUCACCUGGUUCCUCUCCGCCGGCAUGAAGUGGGGCCACGAGGCCAUCGAGGCCAACUCGCAGUACUUCCACCUGGCGGCGUGGGCCGUCCCGGCCAUCAAGACCAUCACCAUCCUCGCCAUGGGCCAGGUGGACGGCGACGUGCUGACCGGCGUGUGCUUCGUGGGCAUCUUCAACGUGGACGCGCUGCGCGGCUUCGUGCUGGCGCCGCUCUUCGUCUACCUGUUCAUCGGCACGUCCUUCCUGCUGGCCGGCUUCGUCUCGCUGUUCCGCAUCCGCACCAUCAUGAAGCACGACGGCACCAAGACGGAGAAGCUGGAGAAGCUGAUGGUGCGCAUCGGCGUGUUCAGCGUGCUCUACACGGUGCCGGCCACCAUCGUCAUCGCCUGCUACUUCUACGAGCAGGCCUUCCGCGAGCAGUGGGAGCGCACCUGGCACAAGCAGAACUGCAAGGGCUUCGCCGUGCCGUGUCCGCGCAACGACUUCCACAUGACGCCGGACUUCACCGUGUUCAUGAUCAAGUACCUCAUGACCAUGAUCGUGGGCAUCACCUCCGGCUUCUGGGUCUGGUCCGGGAAGACCCUGCAGUCCUGGCGGAGCUUCUACAAGCGUCUGAGCAACGGGAACCACGGGGAGACGAUGGUGUGAAACCCCAUCCUCCCGUGAAAAUUAGGUCUAAAAGCUUUCCUUUGAGUUAAUCCUAUUUUUUUUUUUUAAAAAAACAACUAAAUUCUGGUGUUUUUAACCUUUUGUGGCACACAGCAACACUUCAGGAAGUUGGACGGACUUCCAAUAUAACCCCUCCCUCCUCUUAUUUUGUCAUCAAAGCAUCAUGAAGCCAUGGUUUUUAUAUUCUUGGACCAUAAACUGAUAUAAAGUGGCCAUGCAAAGACUUAUUCCCAUAUAUAUAUAUGUAUAUGUAUACACGCAUAUAUUCUUAUGUUACAGUUUGAAUGUACUCCCUUUGAGUUUUGUCAAUGGACUAAUGUACACAAAGACUAAUGUGAUAAAUCCCAGUUUCUUCGUUAGGAAUGCUCGGAUUAUACACGAGUUGCUGCAAAGCUUUAACGCCCGUCAAGAGUUUUUCGGAGGACAACCUUGUCCGUUUCAGAUGGGAGGAACAGCUCGUCUUCGUUUUGUCGUCUGUUGAUAUGUGCCUCAAAUUCCCCCCUUUUUUUUAGAGAAAAAACGAACAAACUUUCUUUUUUUUUUGUUUUUUGUUUUUUUUUGGAAUGAUCCGACUGAUGAAUAUUCACUUCUGUUCUGAAUGUUCACUCCGAAGUUGAAUGAAGUUAUGUACUGGUUUGCACACUGAUCCUAAAUGUAAGAAAGAAAGAAAUAAGAGAGUGUUACAGCACAGCUUGACCUAGAUCUAGCAUUUUUUUUUUUUUUUUAAAAGAGGGCCCACACACACACAUACGAGUACAGAACCUCGAGACACAACGGCUCAUUGUUAGUCUCUGUGUGUGGUCUCUCUACUUUUUGGAUUACCCAUCAAAAAAAAAAAA